AUGUACAGUGACAUUUCGCCGGUAAUUCUAGCUGCUCAUCUGAACCAGUUUGAGAUACUCCAAAUGCUUUUGCGUAAGGAUGCUAUUAUCGAGAAACCACACAAACAUUAUUGUUCUUGUGAGGCUUGCGAGGAGGAAAGGAUCAGUGAUGGAUUGCAUAGAUCAUUGAAACGAAUUAAUACGUUUCGUGCUUUGGCCAGCCCAGCUUGGAUUUCUCUGACCAGCUCCGAUCCUAUCCUUUCAGCCUUCAAACUUAGCAGAGAAUUACAAAAGCGUGCCAAAGUCGAAGAUGAAUUCAAGUAUGCUGUUGAUUUAUUAAAUCAAUGCCGUAGUACAGAGGAAGUUAUGGCUGUUCUAAAUAAGGAGGACAAUUUCUGUAAUGAAGAGGUUCAUAUGGAUAAAAUUCUCAUAGGCGAUUUAAAAUUUGUACAGAUUGAUUUGAGUUCUGCAAAAUGUUCUCUAGCUCGUUUGAAGCUUGCAAUUAAAUACGAACAGAAAACGGCAGCAGAUCGUGGUCCCCCACCUACCGCUAUAGAAUGGUUAGUAUUUAUUUGGAUUGUUGGCAUGCUUUGGUCUGAAAUGAAGCAGCUUUGGCAAGAGCGUUUAAAUAAAUAUGUGCACCAGUGGUGGAAUUGGUUGGAUUUUGCAAUGCUAUGCCUAUAUCUUUGUACAAUCUCAAUAAGAAUCUCCGCAUAUUUAAUUUAUGUUUUGUGGAAUUUUAACGAAGAAACAACACCAAGACAUCUGAUUCGCACACAUUGGGAUGCUUAUGAGCCUAUGCUAGUAAGUGAAGCACUCUUCGCUGUUGGAAAUGUAUUUAGUUUUGCCCGAGUUUAUUAUCUAUUUCAAACUAAUCCUUAUCUUGGACCAUUACAAAUCUCAUUGGGCUGCAUGCUUGUCGACGUCGCCAAAUUUUGCAUAAUUUUUAUACUUAUUAUCUCAUCAUUUUCAAUCGGUCAAUGUAAAACAAUGCCUAAUGCAUUUUCCUCAAUUGCAAAUUCAUAUAUGACACUACUCUGGUCGUUAUUCUCAAUAACAAAAGUUGAGGAUACUGACGUUCUUGAAGCACACCAUUUUACUGUAUGGGUUGGUCAAGGGCUAUUCAUUCUUUAUCAUAUGGCCUCAAUAAUUGUGUUGCUGAAUAUGCUAAUCGCUAUGAUGUCUCAUUCAUUUGAAAGGAUAAAUGUAAAUACGAUACGAUGGUGUUUUGGGCGAUAUCAUUACGACAUUAAGGAUGACAAUAGAGCUACAAUUCGACGCCCGGGAUACAGUAGAAAAUCGCAUUGUAGCAUUCCGAUGGAAACGAAUGCCUUGAAGAAACCAGUUACUUAUAUAGAAAUUAUACAAAGACUUGUUUCUAGAUUCAUUCAUGAACAGAAGAAAACAAUGAAAAUGGAUGGGGUUAAUGAGGAUGAACUAAAGGAGAUAAAGCAGGACAUAUCCAGUUUACGCUUUGAACUUCGCGAUGAUAGGCGAAAAGAAAUAGUUCGUUCAUCUUCGCAUAUUGAUGCUGUAAAGCGUGAAAUCAUGAGAAGUAUGAGUACUUCAACACGAGCACGUGUUACAAUGCCAAGAAGACAUUUUUCCUCGUUUAAAGAACGAGGAGUUGCAGAACUAGAAUCAGAGGAUUCUGAUGAUAUAGAGAUAAGAAAUCACAUUGAUUCAUUGUCCACGUUUGGAACUGGAGCUACUCUUUCACCUACAUUUUCUACUGCAGCCGCGCAACUCCUACCACCAGCCAUAACUGUUGGUGCCUCUGGAGAUGUGUCAGAUGGAAGAAGUAAUGAACAUUACUAUAUGAGUGAUAAGUUUAAUUAUGCGGAAAGACAACGUCCAAAACAGAAAACCAGUGAUGCUUUUGAAUUUUUUGUCGGCGAAACAGGAAGUCUUCGAUAUAGGAGUCGUACAGAAGCCUGUCAACGGGAUUCUAUUCGUUCGGAUUCAGCUAUGAACAAAAGGAAAUUGACGUCUACAAAGAAAUCAGUCAAAGAUAACACCUCUUCGAUUAUCUCAAUAGAAGUAAUACAUCGUUUGCGAGAGAGCAUCAAUGAGCAACUAAAUCAUCUUGUCGACCAAAUUGAGCAUCAACAUGCUUUCCCCAUGCAUGGCGAUAGAAUUAGUUUGGAGGAAUAUUGCGAAAACGAGAUUGAGCAGGAUGAUAAUGGGAAAAAUAGGGAACCAGAUCAAGAAGUAAAAUUAAGAGAAAUACCUAGUGGGAAACAAAAAUCAUCGACCAAAAGUUCGCCAUCACGCGUUUCAUUUGCAGGUUCACUAAAUAUUUCGAAAAAGAACGAAGACUCUUGA